AGCAGCAAUACUGGUAUCAGCAGCACCUGCUUAGCCUGCAGCAGAGGGCAAAAGCCCAUGCUCAGGGACAGCAGCAAAUGAAAGGUCCGGGGGUGGUGAAGGAUACAUCUGAGCAGAGAAAGUCUGAAGAAGGGAAAAUGAGCGCUUUAGCUCAGCAGUCUGAACCUCCUCCACUUAAUGAGUCCCUGCCUCCAGCUUCCAAAGAUGACGAGUCUUCUCUUACAUCCACUGAAACUCAGCUCAAUAUUGAACCUCCUGAUGACCCUGAGGAAGAUUUGAGAUUGCAGCAGUUGCAAGCAGCAGCAGCUCAAUGGCAGCAGCAUCCCCAUCACCGAGUUGGAUUUCAGUAUCAGAGAAUAAUGCAGAAGCAUGCCCAGCUGCAGCAGAUAGUACAACAGUAUCAACAGAUCAUGCAACAGCCCCCACACUUACAGACAAUGUCAGUGGAUAUGCAGCUGCGACAUUAUGAGGCACAGCAGAAACAGUUCCAGCAGCUUCACAAAGAUUGGGAACGAUCAAUGAACCAACAAUGGCAGCAUCAGCUUCAAACCUAUCCUCAUAAAGACCAGCUUCAGGAGUAUGAAAAACAAUGGAAAGCAUGGGAUGAACAGAUGAAGGUGACUCAAUCCCAUCUGCAGGAGAAAGUGAACUCGCUCCAAAACUUGAAGACUCAGUACCCUGCAAAUGUUUCACUACCACCUCCGUUUGUUCCAUAUUCUCAAACUGCUCAAGGUGGCAUUCCUAUUAUGCCUCCAACUUUACCUUCAACUACACCUCCGCUGGUCCCCCCACCUCUCUCUUCUGGGCAUCAGUUGUCGAACUCCUCUGUCCCUUCAGGAUCCAGUUCUCAAGGCAGUCAAUCUACUGAGACGCCAAGGCCAGCUCUGCUUCCCACCCCUGGUACCUAUGCAUCAAAAAUUUCUAGUUCACCUGUAUUUUCAUCUUAUCAUUCUCAAGAUCUGGGGAACUGAAAGCCCCUUCUGCAGUGUCUUCAACGCAUGCACCUACCAUGCAGGAUAAACCAGUGAGAUCAGGUGGACUGCUUCCAGAUCCUCCCAGAGGAGCACGUUU